AUGGGCAAGAAUAAAAAGAAGCAGAAUGGAAACAGCAGUAAUAACACGAACGCUGUGCCGAAAACCAACCCCAAGAACGACGACACGGACGCCGGUGCAGGGAAAAUAAUAGUCGAGAAUGGAACAGCAAACUUGCAAAUAGCAGAUGGAGAACAACAGAGCAGCACCACCGAGGCCAGCGAGGAACUGGGAACCAACGGGUCACCUCCAGAAUCAAAAGAACCAGCGGUCGUGCUGAAAUCGGAGUCUGCGUCGGAAGUGGACCCCAAUUCCAAUUCCAAUUCCAACUCCAAUUCUGAAUCUAACACCGAUUCCGAGUUGGCUGCAAAACUUAGGAAAGCCGAGCAAGAAAGAGACGAAGUUCAGCAUUCUUACGAUAAUUUAGUCAGCAGGCUUUCUUCGAUGAAAACGGUAUUUGGCAAGAUGAAGCAGUCCGAAUUGGAGCUAGAAGAGAAAACCGCGAUAGUGGAGAGGCUCACCAUGGAAAAAGAGGAUCUCGAGCGGAGGAAUCAGGAAACAAUUGAGCGGUACGAGACACUAUUGGCGACCAAAGUUGACAAAUCGGCGCUCCAUCAGUUGCGGGAGGAAAACGCAGAGUUGAACAACGAAUGCGCAAAGCUAAGUGAUACAUUGACCAAAACAAGGCGAGAGUUUACGUUGGCUCUCGAAGAGUUGCAGGAUGAAAAAUACGCGUUUGAAAACACCAACUCGAAAUUGACCAAAAAAGUGCACGAGUUGAACCAGGAAAUCAAUGAGCUCAACAUACGACAGGGCGAAGCAGAGCUAGAACACAAAAACAUCAAGCACACCAUUAAAGACUACGAGGAGAAGAUAGAUGCCAAGGAUCGCGAGAUUGAAGAGGCCAGAGUCAGCAUAAGGGAGCUACAUAACGUAAUUUCCAAUAAUCAACAAGAAUUCACAAACACGGAAACACGGCUAAAGAAAGAAAUCGAGGACACGAACCGGGAGAAAGAAGAGCAGAACAAGACAAUUGAGACUCUCCGAGCAGAUUUAAAGAGCUAUGAGGCACUACUCGAGGAGAUGGAUCUUAAAACUAAACGGGUAGAGGAGCUUCAAACUGAAGUCAACAAUAAACAACUUCUCAUAGGCAAGCUCCGUCACGAAGCCAUAAUCUUAAACGAACACCUCACCAAGGCUCUCACAAUGUUGAAGCAAGGAGGAGACAGCUCGAAUAAACUGGUCGAUAGAGAGUUGAUAUCCAACGUGAUUAUCAGCUUCCUCCAAUUACCCCGAGGCGACUCCAAAAAAUUCGAAGCAUUGCAACUCAUCAGUGGUUUGCUAGAGUGGGACCCAAGCCAAAAGAUUGCCGCAGGUUUACAGCACGACUCCAAUUCCAAUUCCAAAAACCAAACCAAUAAAAAUAACAACGACGGUACCGAGGCUCCGGUUCGACAAAGCUUUGUUUCCCUAUGGACGGAAUAUCUAGAAAAGGAGUCCAGCAAAAAAUAG